UGCUCCCUCAGGUCAUAUGUUCCUUUUUAAGGAAUCUUUUUUUGUCAAAGAUUUUAACACCUCUGAAGACUUUUGGGCAGCAGAAAGACACAUGGAAGGGCUCAGCUAUACAAGAACUUCUCACAGGACCAAGGCUCUGUUAUAAAAUGAGUGAAGAGAUUUUUAUUUCUAAGACAUCCUUGGAGCUGAUGACAGAGUAAUGGGGAAAACAGGAGUACAGACAUCUUCUUUGAAACUUUUAAUAUGAAUGAUGGAAGAGUCAAGCACUGCUUUUACCUCCGAAUAUAAUGAGAGCACCUCAGCAUGGGCACCCAUGCCCUCUGCUCCCAGCAGGCAGCUGGGCACACUUCCCAACCCGCAGACUCGAUUCAAAGACCUGACAGGACUGCUUUUCAUGGUGACCCUGAAUGUUCUCGCACUUCUGGCCAACACUGCAGUGAUGGUAGUUGUUAUCAAAGCCCCUCAUCUCAGGAAAUUUGCCUUCGUGUGCCACCUCUGUGCAGUGGACCUGCUGUGCGCCAUCUUGCUCAUGCCUCUCGGCAUCGUGUCCAGCUCGCCGUACUUUGCUGAGGUUGUGUUUAAUGUGCUGGAGUGCCAGAUCUAUGUCUUCCUCAAUGUAAUCCUCAUAGCUGCCUCUAUUUUCACCAUCACAGCCAUCAGUGUGGAAAGGUAUUACUAUAUUGUCCACCCCAUGCGCUAUGAGGUCAAGAUGACCCUGAAGCUGACCUUGGCUGUUGUGGUGAUGGUGUGGGUGGCUUCGGCCAUCCUGGGCUUUUCCACCGUUUUCGGAUGGCCGUCUUAUGGUCAGAAGUCCAUCAGUGCUGCACACUGCUCACUUCACUGGAGCCACAAGGACCACCGGCGUAUUUUCUCUGCUCUCUUCAGCGUCACCUGUUUCUGUCUGCCAGCUGUGGUGAUCUUUGCUGUCUACUGCAAUGUGUACAAGGUGGCCCGAGUGGCAGCACAGCAGCAUGGGCCUCUACCCUCAUGGACGAACACUCAGGUCAAGCAUCGCUUAGACUCCAUAAACAGUCAGACGACAAUCAUCACAACUCACCACGCCCCUUGUUAUCCUUGCAGGAUAACAAGAGAUCGGCCUUUUAUUGGCAGUAAAGCUGCUCUAACCCUCAUGAUUAUUGUUGGUCAGUUUCUAAUCUGCUGGCUGCCUUACUUUGCCUUCCACCUCCAUCUGAUACUGAACUCAAAACCUCACACUCCUAAUGACUUGGAGGUAGUGGUGACCUGGUUGGCGUAUUCUUCCUUUGCUAUGAAUCCUUUCUUCUAUGGACUUCUAAACAGACAGAUCCGUGAGGAGCUGUGUAAGUUGAAGCGCUGCUACUCAGCAUACCCAACAGACCCGGCCUUUUCCAGUCACGAGGGCUCAGGCCAUGAAAACUUCCUGCAGUUCCUCCAUAGGACCAGUUGCACGAUAGAGACACGUGCAAGCUUUGCAAUGCCCAGCCCCAGAACCACUCUGGAUCAAACUGGGCAGACUGGUUUCAGGAUACCAGGUCAGAUUCCAGAAGAGUUGAACUAGAUGUACCUCACAGCUUUGACAUGAUGUUAAUAACCUGCUGGAUUAUUGAAGUCAUAUAGGACAGCAUGAUUUAAUUACUACCAGCAAAGCUUCACACAAAAACAUAAAAAACAAAAUUUGUUAUGUCUUUUAAAACUUGAUACUGUAUUCUUUGAUCUGUAAAAGCUCUGAAAUUAUCGUAAAGUAAUUUAUGCUUUUCCAAAUAAACUCUACUUUUAUAAACUAUUUAUAAGCCACAACUUAGUAGUUCUAGUUUCAAAAAGAGGGGGUACUGUGUAUAUAAUAUUAUUAGUUAAGAAGUUUGAAUCAGUCAACAGGUUUACAUACAAAUCAUAGAUCUUGUAGAUUGGAUUCAGGAUCUACUUAUUAAAAGUGGAUAGCUCUUCCUUUUGUAAAAAUAUUUUUACAGCCUAAAGUGAACAUAUUAUUUUAUAGUUUCAUUUAAAUACAAGCAAUA